CAAGGGUGUCGCGACAUCUCAAAUCGCUGCUUUCACUGUGUGGUCCAACUAUGAAGCUUAGAACAUCCUAAUGAUUAACUACACACGAUUUAUCUCAAAUAAAGCAAUUGUGUUUGGGUGCACUACAGUGCUAUCAACAGACCAUGAGACUCUCCACUAGACUUCUGGCCCAGGCAGCCACGGCUUCAACUAACGCUGGCCUACGCCCGGCACUGGCCUUGCUGCCACCCAUCCCGCUUUACCGCCGGCUCUUCAGGGCUCACAGGAAACACCUACCCACGGAGAUGCGGGUGCUGGGCGACGAGUACAUAAAAGCCGAGUUCCGCGCACACAGAGAAACAGACAACCCAGUGCACAUAAUAGGCUUCUUGACAGAAUGGCAGCUAUAUGCACAGAAAAUUGAGGGCGAUUCUUGGCUAGGGGAGAAGAUCGACCCGGCCAAAAUCCAGAAGAUGAGCGAUCAGCAGAUGGGUCAGAUGUAUGAGCUGAUGAAAGCUAUUCAAAAUCGGGAUAUCAAGGACGAGGGCGAGGAGGAAUAGAUCUCCAAUGUACAUCAUGGGUCGUUUCCGGCUCGCGACUGGGUAAUGAAUGCUAUCACAGUCAUGGGAACGGACGGCGUGCAGCAUCGUUAGAACGCCGAUGUGAGAGCUCACCAUGAGCUCAUAAAUUUCGCAGCAUGUUAACUAAGCCCUCUGGGCAGAGCACUUAGCGUGUUAUGUAAAGACACCUGUUUUGAUUAGUAUGACAUAAACUCGAAUCACUUAAUAUCUGACG